UUGGGGUUUUUUUUGUUGCGAGCAUGGUGUCGAUGGUGUUUCAAUGGUAGUGCACCGAAACAUACAGCUGUCAGCGUUCAGUCCCGUUCAUGGCUUCUCUCAACCAACAGCUUUUUUUCUUCUCACUUGUCGAUAUACUUUGUUGUUUCGACGUUUUUUUUUCUUUUUCUUUUUCACGUUUGGGUUUUGGUACUGGGAUGGGGGGAUCUACACUCGCUUUUAUGCUGCGCCUUUUUGCUCUAUACCCACGUGCUGCGUUCGGUGUGACGCCGCUUGGGUGCAAGACUGCCACUCGCUUCUCUGUACUUGUUCAUGGUUUUUGGGGGAUGGGUUGUGCGAUACAAGACUGGUGUCUGGUUUGUCGUGCGGCAGCAGCUGGAGCAUGUGAUGUGUAGCUGCAAGGAUGGAUAGGAUGGAUAGGAUGGAUAGGAUGGAUAGGUAGCAUAGGAUAGUCGAAGGGGCAGCAAUGGACAAACUCCCGCGUCAUACACCUCCCACCAACCAGUGCCAUGUGCCUGUCAACAGAGUGAACUUGCACACGGUAAAUCGAGUGCUCCAAGCACCCCAGGGUGGAGCCCAGUAUCG